AUGCCUUCCCCGGACGAAAUUCUUGCCAACUGGCGAGGGACAGUCGAUAAUCACUUCUCCAAGACCAUCGCCGAUGCAUUUGCUCUUCCCGCCAACGACGACUAUGUCUACAGGGCGGAAUCGUUUGCGAUGACCUUGCGCCAGGUCCAAGAACAAAUUGAUACUGGCAAGCUGAAAUACAAAUACCAGUCUCACGGCCAGCAAAUCGAGGUCCCGUCGGCAGAUAUAAACGCCUACACAUCCAUCUUCGCGCCCACAACCGAUACCUCCAAAGCCCUCACCUCCUUGGCAGCCAAUGCGAAGAAAGGGUCGCCUCGGGAGACAGUAGCGAAGUAUCUGCAGUCGCGGAGGAAAUGUCUGUUCAAGGUCCCCCGGGCAAAGGCGCACAUCAAUCCAUACUACGAUAUGUGGGUGCUGUCGUGCCAGGAGACGGCGUUUCUUGGACCGCUGCCUGAUCCUUCGUAUGCGAGUCCUGCAAAUGCGAAACACACGCAUCCGAUUCUGCCGCUGUUCUACCAUCACUUCGGGUGCGUUGUGCCUAGCUAUGAGGCGCUCCAUAUCGUAUCCCAGGUGGUUGCGGAUGCCAAGGCGGAUGGGGUGAUCGAUAUGGCGAGCGGGAACGGAUAUUGGACGUACAUGCUUCGCGCAAUGAAAGUGGAUGUUGUUGCCGUGGAUAAUAUGGCGAGCGAGUAUCGGACGAUGUGGAUUGAGGAUACGGUGAAGGCUGAUGGGGUUGAAUACCUGAAGAAGAACACUGGCGGGAGAGGGAAGGUACUGCUAAUGGUUUAUAUGGUAACUGCUGGAAGCUUUACGCAGAGAGUGUUACAGGCAUAUCGAGGGAACAUCAUUGUGGUCGUUGGAACGCAGAAUGCAAAUCGAUAUACAGGCUUUGCGGAUGUCACGACCGAGGAGUACUUUGAAAAUUAUAUGCCUGGCUGGGAGCUGGUGUGUAGGAUACCAGUGCCAAGUUUCGCCGGAAAGGAUGAGGCGAUGUUUGUUUGGAUUCGAUAG